GGGAGUUGCUUCCAUCGCAGACCGCUCUUGGCCAGCCUCUGGCUCCUUCUGGCUGAAGAUGACCCCUUUUGGCUUCCGGAGGAUCUUGAACUGGCUGAAGGAGGAGUACAACAACCCUCCAAUUUACAUCACAGAGAAUGGAGUGUCCAGACGAGGAGACCCAGAACUCAAUGACACUGACAGGAUCUACUACCUCCGCAGCUACAUUAAUGAAGCCCUCAAAGCUGUACAGGAUAAGGUGGACCUUCGAGGGUACACGGUGUGGAGCGUCAUGGACAACUUUGAAUGGGCCACAGGCUUCGCAGAGAGGUUCGGUGUGCACUAUGUGAACCGCUCUGACCCUGCUUUGCCAAGGAUCCCCAAGGCAUCAGCCAAGUUCUACGCCUCUGUAGUCCGCUGCAACGGCUUUCCUGACCCUGCACAAGGCCCUCACCCUUGUCUCCAACAACCAGAAG